CUUAAAUUCCUUACUCAUAAGUAAUUAAAAUAAUGUAUAGUAAUAAACUUCGAUAGUUAAGUGACAGUGUUACGUGGGUGUGUGUAUCUGUGAAAUGCUUGUAUAAAUAUUUUAUAAAGAAAUUUUUAAAAGUGAGCAAAAUGUUGCCUGUACCACAAGACCGUAUGUCAGGUCGCCGGAGCAGCUCCAUAGUCAGUCGUACAUUGUUGGGACGAAGAGCUUCAGUAUACGUGACCGGCAAUCAUCAGGAUCCAGCGAAGUUGAUAACUGAGAUCAACGUACAGCUGGCGCUGUUCCGCGACCUUCUCAUCCACAUUGGUCAGCCCCCUGACUGUCCCGAGUUGCGGGAACGCGUGCGCAGACUGCGUCGCGCCUGCGUUGAAGCCACCAAGCAAACCAGCCAGCUCGUUUUACCUACAUGCAAAAAGACUACAAGCGAGGGAUGUGCGGAGCAGCCUCAACUAGUAUUAUUAUACUUCAUGUCGCAACUGCUGCUACGCGAGCUCGCCAAGUGUCACCGCCUUGUGCAACUCGUACCUAUGGAUAUGACCUCAUAUUACGAGAAUCGUGCCGGCCCAUCGAACUUCGGGAACGUGAUAAGUCAAAUACUCCUGUGCAAACAAAUCACUCCUGACUUCAAUCAGGAAGAACUGUGCAGUAUUGCCAAAGAUACACAGGAUAUUAACAGGAUAGUAAAUGAUAUUCAAGAAUACCUGCCGCAACAUGAAAACCUCAACCAUUUAGAAACAAAUGUAGCGCUGAAAGGCGACGACAUGAACGGCUUAUGGAAGAAUAAGCGACGGGGAUCACUUUACAAAGGAAUGGGUGUUCUAUGCUGUAUGUCACGACCUAACUAUCUUUGAGGGUGACAAAUAUCACCCAAUGAACACCAAAUAUACGAAUAAGGAAGACAGAUGUUGCUCAAGUGUUAUGUGCAAUACUCAAAAAUGAAAUGUAUAUUGUGAAAAGUGUUCAUAAAAUAUAUUAUAAAAGACUCGAAAGUGUUAGAUGAGUGUAAAGUGUAGACAAAAUGGGGUCCAUUAGAGUGUCCAAUAAACUCAUUGAAGAUGUAAAUGUCAAGCCAAAAUCGAACGUGAAAAAUAAUUAAUUCUGUUUGUAACCACUAAAGUAUAUAGUUUAUGUAAUUACUAUUCGUUAUUAUAAUUAAGGUAUGUAUAAAUUGAUUUUGAUAUGUCAAAAGAUAGCCUGGAACGGGAUCAAUUGCUUUUAAGUAGUACGUAAUAAUAAUGUUUUAAUAUUUUUUGCACGACAUAGAAAUUAAAGUGGUUAUACAACGUAAUACGAAAAAAAGACAUUAAAAAAUCUGAAAAGCUUCUCGGAAAACGAAUAAAGACGAUCUGAUUGAAUAGAAGUGCAUUGUCGAGGCAUAUUACAGAGAUAGCAUUUUAGAAACCGACUUAAAAGAAUCUUUAUUUUUCUUAGAAAUCAACUUAUAUAUUUUUUAACUUAAAAUGCUUUUAUCUAUUUGUAUAAAUCAAUCUUUAUAAUAUUAUCUUGUCUUCCAAAAAAAUCAACGUUAUAAUUCUGGGAUGUUUCCUGUUGGACCGAUGGGUUGGAUAACGGGAAACAUCCUAAUUCUGUAUGUAAACUUUCAAUAAGCCAAUUUAGCUUCAACUAAUACACUUCAAUAUAGAUGUAUCCCAUCAAUUCAUGUCACAAUUAUCACUAGUAGCGUAGACGUAUUUGUAUGUAAGAAAUCAUUACGUUUAUAUUAGACUUGCCCAAUAAUUACGGGCUCUACGAUGGCCUAGAAAGUCGUCUUAGCUUGCAUAAUCUAGUCAAUUACAAUAAUGCCCAUAGUAGUCAUAAGUUUAAGACUUAU